AUGGUGGGAUCUACGCGAUACGUCUCCAACCUGAGUCGCGCUUCCGCAACCUACGUCACCGUCGCCAACAACGAGCGGUUGCGCGCCAACUCCCAAGGCCUUGUCGUCCUGCAAGCACGAGAUAGCAAUACGCACAUCUCGUUCAACGACGUGCUCUACGUCCCGAACCUCCGCUUCAAUCUGCUCUCGGCUGGACAGCUCCGCGAUUGUGGCGUCAUCAUUCACACGGAUCUUGCCACGCGCGACCUCAUCCUCACCUACGCUCCCCCAGACACACCUCCCGAGUCAUUCAAAUACCUCGGUCGAGCCCGCUCAAUCAACGGGAUCUACAUCUUGGACUUUGACAUACCUCCCUGUCAAGCGUCAUUGGACGAGCUCGUGGACCUUGUUCCCCUCGAGUUCGCCUUCAUGAACAAGGAGUCGUGGGAGCAUCCGGACGGACGACCGUGGGUUCGCCGCAGCCCUCACCCCCGCGAGAUCAACUUCCACGAACCGGACGUUAACGGUCUCUGCACGACCUGCCACACGCCCACCGCGAGUCGCACGGAGCAAGUCGAAAGAGAGCAAGCGGCAAUUCAAGAAGCAGAAAGCGCCGAGGCGGAACCUACCGGCAUGACCAGAGAAGAACUUGCCGUUGCUUCUUACCGCGUCUUCGGUGAAGCAGUAAAAGAAUACGAGCUGGAGCGAACGGAAAGGGCAACGCCCUAUUCAGAUAAUCUCCAGUUCGUGCUGGAGGCUAACGCCACGACCAAGGACGAGGAAGGACGAGAGCGCCCAUACACCCGCGAAGUUUACCGCCGCCACAUCGACCCUGCCUGGAAAGAUCCUGACGAACCAGAGGAGCUGAGCGUCAAGGAAGAACAGGAAAAGGCACGGGCAGAAAAAAAACAGAAGCUGUAUGAGGAGCGCGUCGCGGCAGGAUGGGACGAAGAGUCCGCACGCCGUGGCGCAUGGGGAGAUGAAGAUUACGAACCAGAAGAAGGUGCAACCUGGGCAUCCGCAACAGGAACAUGGGGAGCUAGCACCAGCGGCGCGGUCACCACGAGAGGAUGGGGUUCGGCUGAAACCGACGAAGGGGAGCUCACGCAAGAAGAAUUGGACGCAGCCGAACGGGAGAUGCAAGCAGAACGCGGAGAGACACCACCUCGCGCUGUCAUUCCUCUCGGACGACCCCCGCGCACUCGCGAACCUCAGCGCUCACCUCAUCGUUGGAGCGAUCCCUGGUCGGAGAUUGAGGAGGGGAACGUACCACCAACACCUCCGCGGGACUCACUCGGUCCAAUCUCCCGCCCAGAUCCGUUUGCGCGCUUCAUCGAAGGCACCACAACCCCGCUCACAAUCAUCCCCGACCACGAAUUUCUCGCGCUUUACCUCACAACGGCACCUGCGGAAGGGGAGGCAACGGCAAAAGCAGAAGCAGAGGAGGAGAGCAACGAAGCAGAACCAGGAGAAGAGGAAGAACCUCCUCUCCAGAUCCCGGAACUCACGGCAGAGGAGGCAGCAGAGUACCACACCCGCUACAAACGCACCUCCGGCAUCCGCGCCGAGGACGAUCUCUGGCAACAGCGGAUGGGCCACCCCUCGCGCCAGACACUCGCCAACUGCCUCCGCGCAAAGGUUUUUCCGCCAGGAGCACUGCUGCGCCCCGACGGAACGGAACUAGAGAGCACCACGCCACAUCCGACCACCUGCACAGUCUGCCCUACAGCUGCACUUUCCCACACUGCCUACCCCUCUCUAGAGCCGAGCACCAACCGCUACAAGAAGCUGGAGAAGGUAUACAGUGACUUCAUCGUGCUCACCUGCGACGGACUCAACGGCGAAAAAUACACACUGACCUUCAUCGACGCCUACUCACGCCACGUGUGGAUCGCCAACGUUGACGCCCGCUCCAAGGCUCCGGAGGUGUUCCGCAUCUUCCUCGCGCACGCGCAGCGACAGUCAGGAAGGAAACUGAAGAUCUGGCAGAGUGAUGGGGCAAAGGAAUUUCGGAGCAAUGAACUGGAGAGCGUGCUCACCGAGAAGGGGAUUAAGCAUGAGAUCUCCCUCCCCUAUGCUCACCAGCAGCAAGGUGUCGCCGAGAGGGUCAAUCGCACGCUCAUGACCAAGGUCCGCGCCAUCAUGAAUCAGUCCGGCCUGCCAAAGAAAUUUUGGCCCUACGCCAUGAACCAUGCGGUGCGUCUGCACAACCUCCUCUCCACCACCGCCAACAGGGAUAACAUGUCCCCUCACAUGAAGUGGACCGGCUCAAGGGGAGACCCCUCCAUGCUGAGAGUUUGGGGGUGCAUGGUGCAAUAUCGGCCGACCUUGGCAACAAUCGGCAAGUUCGUUCAUCGUGCGCGCUGGGGAGUUCACUUGGGGCUCAGUCACGAGCACAAAGGCUGGCUCAUUCUUGACAUGGAUAGCAAAGAGAUUGUUCCCGCGCGUGACAUCCUCUUCUACGAACGACUCACCCUGAAGCAGUGGAUCGAGGACGAGCGCCGAAACCAGGCACGCGGCUACGUCAACAGCGGCCGCAGCUUCGCAACUCCAGAAGACGAAGCAGCAGCAGCCGUACUGGACCGCGACGACACCGACGAACAUCCCAGCAUCCCGCCUCGCCCGCGCGACGACGACGACGAUGACAGCGACGAUGACCCCACGCCAGGACCAUCACGGCGCCAAGCAGAACCAAGCACCGCAGCACCCGGCUAUGAGAGCGGAGACGACGACGUGGUGGAAGUCCCCACCAACGCAGACACCACCAAUGUGUCAGGCCUUCAACUUCUCGGCCUGCACACAUCCGUCUCUACCCUUGCACGGGCUGUGGAGCCCAAGAAUCCUCGCCAGGCCCUAACCGGUCCUCACGCCAAGGAAUGGCGUGCUGCGAUGGAUGCGGAACUAAAGGCGCUGGAAUCGCGUGACACCUGGGUCCUAGUCGAUCGUGCAGCAGUGAAGGGGAGGAGGGUGCUCAGUGGAAAAUGGGUUUUUCGUCUGAAAACUAACGCUGACGGCACUAUCGAGCGCUUCAAGGCACGCUGGGUCGUACGCGGGGUCUGUCAACUGAAGAAGUCCCUCUACGGGAUCAAGCAGGCGCCUCGCCUCUGGCAGCAGCACCUGCACAAAAUUCUCCUCGAAAUCGGCUUCAAGCAGCUCCCACACGACCCGGGAAUGUAUCGCCUUCACUUCAGCGGCGACUACAUCCUCCUGACAGUCUACGUCGACGACCUGCUGUACACGGGCACCUGCAACAAACUUCUGGAUCAGUUCCAGGAAAAUCUGGCGCAGCGCGUAGACAUCACCACCAACCCUGAUGUGAAGCAGUUCUUGGGGUUAAACAUCACUUACGCGCCAGAAGCAAUUCAUCUGUCAGCCUCCAAGUACGCAGAGCAGCUGAAGGAACGCUUCAACAUCUCUCCCGCACCACUCUCAACUCCUUACCGCAGCCCCAGCACCAACCACAAACCGGACAACAAACCACUGUCACCCGCAGGACUCCAACUGUACCAGCAGCAACUGGGUUGCCUGCUGUUCGCCUCUGUCACCUGCCGACCCGACCUCUCGUACAUCGCUAGCCAACUGGCGCAGUAUUCUCGCAAGCCAGUAGCUGAGAACCAGCUGGACCUGGAACGCGCCCUGCAGUACUUCAUCUCCACACCUGACAUUGGGCUCUCCUAUUCCACGCUGACGACGACCUCCAUCAACCUCAACGGUUACGUGGACGCAGAUCAUGCAGCUGAUCCUGCAAAUCGACGGUCCCGAACCGGCUUCGUCUUUCGCCUGGAACCAACUGGGCCAAUCUCCUGGAACUCACAGAAGCCGGAGCUGGUUGCCCUGUCAUCGGCCGAAGCAGAAUACAUCGCCGCGACAGCAGCAGUUCGCGAAGGCCUGUACCUGCAAGAGCUGCUACAGGAGGCGAAAAUCCCAACCUCGCCUACCUUUCGCCUUCACUGCGACAACCAGAGUGCCAUCAGGAUCGCGAACAAGCCCGGUUUCGUGAACCGUAUGAAGCACAUCGCGCUUCGGUACUUUUUCGUCAAGGACGAAAUCGACCAAGGCAAAGUUGACCUCGCCUACUGCCCGACUACCGAGAUGGCAGCAGACUUCCUCACCAAACGUCUGCCACGUCAGCAGUACAAACAGUGCUCUGACCUCACCAGAGUAGUCAAGCGAGUCAGCUCCAUCCGCGCCCAGGAAUGA